GCCACUGUUGAGUCUGUGGGAGUAUGAAUCAGCAGCAGCAGAGAAUGGCUGCAGUUGGGACAGACAAAGAGCUCAGUGACCUGCUGGACUUCAGUAUGAUGUUUCCUCUGCCAGUGGCAAAUGGAAAAAACAGACCCACGACCCUAGCGAGCACUCAGUUUGGAGGAUCAGGUUUGGAUGAAAGACCGGGAUCAGGUUCCUGGGGAACGGGAGAUCAAAACAGCUCCACGUUUGACCAAGGAAGGCAGAACUAUGGUGAAGGCCCCCAUUACGGAGAGCACCGAGACCUGCCAUCUCACAACAGCAUAUCUUCAUCACCAUUCCUGGGACCUGGACUGGUGGGAAAGAGCAGUGAAAGAGCCUCUUACUCCACGUUUGGAAGAGAUGCGGGGAUGCCAGCACUAAAUCAGACUGGUUUCCUGCCCAGUGAAAUGGGAAUCGCAAGUCCGAGCACGCUUUCCCCUACCGGGGUGAAAGGGGGGUCUCAGUAUUUUUCUUACCCCAACAAUCCUCGCAGGAGAGGUGCCGAGAGCAACAUAGAUGGACAGCCCAAAAAGGUUCGGAAGGUGCCUCCUGGACUCCCCUCCUCGGUGUAUCCAUCCAACUCAGGUGACGACUACAGCAGGGAUCCAGCUGGAUAUACUCCCUCAAAACCUCCCAGCACUGUGUAUCCCGGAGCCUUCUAUAUGGCAGAUGGACUUCACAACUCACCAGACCUAUGGAGUUCACCCAGUGCCAUGAGCCAGUCGAGCUAUGGUGCCAUGUUAGGCAGUUCCUCCUCCCCUCUCCCACAGUCCAGUGGCUUCAACAGUUUACAUCAGCACGAACGAAUGAACUACCAGAUGCAUUCAGGAGAAGUUAACGGCGGACUCCCCUCUGUGUCUGGCUUUUCCUCUGCUUCCACCCCGUAUGGUGUCUCCAGCCAUACGCCCCCAAUCAGUGGGACGGACAGCAUGAUGGGGAACCGAGGAACCACGGCUGGGAGCUCGGGAGAUGCGCUCGGGAAGGCACUAGCUUCAAUUUACUCCCCAGAUCACUCUAGCAAUAACUUCUCUUCAAACCCCUCUACACCGGUCGGCUCCCCUCAGGGGCUUGCAGGCACAUCCCAGUGGUCACGAGCGAGCGGACAGGGUGCCUUAUCUCCCAGCUACGAAGGGAGCCUCCACACUUUACAAAACAAAAUGGAAGACAGGUUGGAUGAAGCCAUCCACGUGCUGAGGAAUCACGCCGUGGGCCAGACAGCUGCCAUGCCGAGCAACCAUGGGGACAUGCACGGCCUGCUGGGGUCAGCACCUGCUCACAGUGCUGCCGUGGGCGGCCUGGGCCAGGCCUUUCCCACCUCAGUCAUGCCUCUGGGAAACAGGCAUCCGAGUCUGGUGGGAGGAGGUCACCCUGAAGAUGGGUUGUCCAGCAACUCCAGCAUGCUCCACAACCAUGUCACACUUCCAUCACAGCCCAGUUCACUCCCUGACCUCAACAGGCAGCAAGACACAUACAGUGGCUUGUCAGGGGGGCUGGGGCGAAGCAGCGUCUCCUCGGGAACCAGUGAAAUAAAGAGGGAAGAGAAGGAGGAUGAGGAGAACACCUCGGUGGCUGAUAACUCAGAAGAGGAGAAGAAGGAGUUGAAACCUUCCCGGAACAGAACAAGGUGCUCUUUGAACAGCAGUACAGACGAGGCCUUGUCACUGGAGGACAAAGAUCUGAGGGACCGGGAGAGGAGAAUGGCCAAUAACGCCAGGGAAAGGGUGCGUGUGCGGGACAUUAACGAGGCCUUUAAAGAACUGGGACGCAUGUGUCAGAUGCACUUAAAAACGGACAAAGCACAGACCAAACUGAUCAUCCUACAGCAAGCGGUGCAGGUCAUUCUGGGCCUGGAGCAGCAAGUACGAGAGCGCAAUCUGAACCCUAAAGCAGCCUGCUUGAAGCGUCGGGAAGAGGAGAAAGUGUCUGGAGUAGUAGGAGAUCCCCAGAUGACACUUUCAGCUUCACAUCCUGGUCUAGGAGAUGGUCACAACCCUGUCGGACACAUGUAAAGGUCUUUUUGUUCCUCUGGAUACAGAGGUCUAUAGGAAGAAAACCCUCGGUGUGACCUGCGACCUUCUCAAACCAUAAACUUUAGUACUGCUAAUACUGACACAUGGAUCCUGGCAUGAUGUAAGGGGUGGAAAAAACACUUUGUCAAAAACAAAACAAAAACAAAAAAAUUGCCUUAAGUAUAAAGUGCGGAACAGUCAAUACAUAUCACUCAGUUAGGAGGGGGUGGCGUGUUCUCUUGGCUUGUUCACGAGCAGCCAGCAGCAAAAUUGUGCCUAAGCUUAAUAUUUCUUUUUUAAAAAAAAGAACAUUAGUUAUGAGAUUUUUUAUGUAGAACAAAUAGCAAUGCCUUUUGGUUUUUUUAGCUUCUUUUGCAUAUGUUUUGUAAGCAACGAAAAAAAUUUUUUUUGUAUAAAAAAAAUGUCUUGUACCCCCCGCUUUUCUGCUGCUGUUUCUAUAGUUAACGUUGCAUCUUUAGGAUCAACCAGAAUAUUAAAAUUGUAUUAAGAGAGAGACUGGAUAUAAAGAGAGGAAUUCUCAGAUUCGGCUCUGAAAGCCACUAAAAGCGAAUGUAGCCACAGCGAGGGGAUAUUUUUCCUUGCCUGGCUUGUACCUUCCAUUAUAAAAAAAAAAAAAACCUCACUCGUGCUGAAUUCACCAUCUCUUUGCUUUGGCCACUUCUGAUUUUGGAAAAGGAAGUUAAACAACAAAGCAAGUUAGAGCAGCAUCCCUGAGUGGUGCUCUGGCUCCUCCCGGGCCAUAACCGAGGUCCAUCGAAGGUCUCUGCAAGUAACUCCUGGAGGAUCCCGGAGGCUGGGGUCCUCUGCAGGAGAUGAGGCAAAACGCAGCCGUCUCCGCAGUGUCGUGGCGGGGCUGAACGUGGGGAGGACGAGCCGCUGGGAGAGAGCAGGCCUGGAGAGCAGAAGAGAAACGAGGGACUUGGGGCACUUUUGAGGUAAGCAAAGAAGCAACGCAGAUGCAAGAGAAAACGCAAGUGGGAGCAAAACGCCUCUUGCCCACGUGUCUGAGCAAAUAUCCAUGGUCAGAGGCACUUCCGGGGCAGAGAGAGCUGAACAAAGAUGACUGAACAAAGCUGGAGGGAUGGAGAAGAGGCAGCUGCAGCAAAGGCAGCAGCGGGAGACCAAGCCCGGCAACCUUGGAGCAGACAGACCCGCCGACGCUGGCUGCAGGCAGCGAGCGAAGAGCCCUGACCCAAGGUGACAGGAUGGGGAGCAGCAGGGCUGGCCAGCUCGUGUGCACGCUGCCUCCCAGCCCCGAUGAGCUGCAGCCAGCAUUUGCAGCUGCAAUCCCUCCGUCUCCAUGUGGCUUCUCCCUGCUGGUGCCUGGCGUUUGGAAGUGGCGAGUCGGAAACACUGCGGGAGAGGGUUUGUUUUACACUUCAACUUGACCUGCUCUUGCAUCUCCAAAGUGUUCUCGGAGGCAACCUCAGCAUGCUACCCUUCCUCCUGUGCUGCCAUGGGGAUGCCAGGGGGACAUAGCCACCAGCACCUGCACGUGAACUCCUCUCUCUGUGUCGGAAAGGGAGGAGAGCAGGCAAGUGCCCUUUCUCAGCGAGAUGCUCCCGGCAGCCCUGGAAGCUAAGUGCGGCCAAUAUUCCCAACUCUCUGAGGGCUUCCCAGUGUCGCUCCAGACAGCUCCCGUUUGCUCAGCUGGCCGAGGACCCGGGCCUGCCUUCUUGGGAGGAAGACCCCCGCCAGCAGCCUGCAGAUGCGCAGAGCUAACAAAGCAGCGCUUAGUGGGGUGGCAGCUGCCGCGGGCAGGUAGUGCCAAGCUGAGGAGGCCGUUCUGCAGUUCGCACUGGGAAAGUGUCUGCCGUGAUUUUAUUUUUGGUUUCUUCCUUCUCCCUCCCCUUCUCCAAAAUGGCUUCCAAAAUGUUUUGUGCCCAGCCUUGCCUAGCUCUGCCUGCAGCUGGGCUUGGCUCCUGGGAGGGGGAUUGAAACCCCAUCUUGGUAGUGACUGUCAUGCUCUCGGAGCAGGGCCUGUGGCUGCCUGGCUCUGCUGCUGUGCUGGUGGGGGCUCAUGGGACCACUGUGUGCUGGGGCUGGCCUGGAGGGGACAUCGAGCGAGACAGGGACUACUAUACACUCGGGAGCCCCAGCAGCAGGGACUGGCUCUCUCCUCUUUGCUUCUCUGGCCUGUGCUCCUGUGAAAGCUGUGUAUUUUGCUAGUGCUUCAGCCCAGGGAAGGGACUGGCGAACAGGAUUAGGUCCCUCUGCCUUUCCUAGCACCCAUAGGCUUUGGUGUAACCUCCUGGUGCUCCUCUUCGCUCGUAGCUAUGCUUCAUGCUCUAGCAAAGCUUGCUGGAAAAGUUCAGGAGCUGGUUACGAGCGCUGGACCGAGACAGGAGAGCCUCUCCCUGCUGCCCCUGGACUCCAUGAGGUCCGACUGUAGUUCUGGAGGUGUUGGGUGCUCCUGCCUUUUUCUGCCUGCAACCCACUGCUCCAACCAUCGCAUUUGUGCACGUGAGACCUGACAGCCCAGCUUGUUUCCCGGGAAAGGUCACUGUGGUCCCUGCAGUUCUGCAACAUGAUUUCUGCUCGCCUGUGUCAACAGACGUUUCAGCCUAAUUAACUCAUCGGGUUAUGACACUAUUUCCUCCCCUGGGUUCUUCCACCUACUUAAGCAUCGGACAGCGUUAGACGGAUGAGGUUUACAGCUGUGUAUGACAGCCUUGCCCUAGUAGAGCAGCUGCCUUGUAGCAAAAGCCAGGUCUUCCUGGAGUGUCCUGCUUGGGUUACCUUCCAUUUUGGCCACUCGAGCAAGUUCAGUUUGGGAUGAUAAAACAUGCAGGGAUGGGGCAGUGCCCUUCUGUAGCCUGCAAGCCAGGUCCAGGCCUGCAAACAAUCCUGAUUUGGGCUCUAGGCUAGGAAAAGAGGAGCUGUUUGCUGCCUUAUGGA